CACACACACACACACACAGCUCAAAUUACUUCAGUGUUGAAAUUCACUUCCUUAUCCGUCCGUUAUUUUAUUCAGUCUAUCUAAUUAUGCAGUAACAACUACAUUAUGUUUUUAUUUACUUGCCAGAGUUCAGCUUUGUUUGGUUAAUGAUUACUUUUCUAGGAGCACGUUUGAAAAGGGUCAGACUUCAAUUACCUUACAUACAGGCAACAUGGAGCCGGAGCAGCAUCUCUCAGUUUGUAUCCUGCUGCUACUUUCUGUGACAUGGAGCGCAAACGGAGGUAACAUUUUGGUGUGGUACACUGAAGGCAGCCACUGGAUUAACAUGAAGCCGGUGCUGGAGACGUUGGUCGACAGGGGACACCAGGUGAAAGUUUUGAUCCCAAGCACGUCCAUGUUCAUGAACUCUAGUGAACCUUCUCGCUUUGGCUAUGAACCCUUUAACGUCUCUGUCUCAAAGGAGACCAUUGAGGCGUUAAUUGAAGAGUUCCUUCACUUCGCCGUCUACGAGAUGGAUCAUAUGAGCUACUUGCAGAUUUACAUUAGAUUCAUAGAUCUGAUGAAGGUAAACAUGCAGAAUUCUUUGAAAAUUUUGGAUGGUGUCCUUAAAUCAGAAACCAUCAUGAAGAAGUUGAAGGAGGGAAAAUAUGACCUUCUUCUGGCUGACCCCAUUUACCCCGGCAGUGACUUACUAGCAGAGAUUUUGGGCAUCCCCCUGGUCUUCUCUCUGCGCUUUACCAUUGCCAAUAUCUGUGAAAGACAUUGUGGUCAGCUCCCUGCUCCUCCCUCCUUUGUCCCUGGAGCUAUGAGCAAACUGACGGACAAGAUGGACUUCUCGGAGAGGGUGUGGAACUUCCUCUUCUACGCUUGGCAAGACUUUGUGAUGAGUAACGUUUUUUGGAAACAACUUGAUAAAUACUACUCUGAAGUCAAAGGCAGCCACUGGAUUAACAUGAAGCCGGUGCUGGAGACGUUGGUCGACAGGGGACACCAGGUGAAGGUUCUGAUCCCAAGCACGUCCAUGUUCAUGAACUCUAGUGAACCUUCUCGCUUUGGCUAUGAACCCUUUAACGUCUCUGUCUCAAAGGAGACCAUUGAGGCGUUAAUUGAAGAGUUCCUUCACUUCGCCGUCUACGAGAUGGAUCAUAUGAGCUACUUGCAGAUUUACAUUAGAUUCAUAGAUCUGAUGAAGGUAAACAUGCAGAAUUCUUUGAAAAUUUUGGAUGGUGUCCUUAAAUCAGAAGCCAUCAUGAAGAAGUUGAAGGAGGGAAAAUAUGACCUUCUUCUGGCUGACCCCAUUUACCCCGGCAGUGACUUACUAGCAGAGAUUUUGGGCAUCCCCCUGGUCUUCUCUCUGCGCUUUUCUAUAGCCCACAACUGGGAGAGAUAUUGUGGUCAGCUCCCUGCUCCUCCCUCCUUUGUCCCUGGAGCUAUGAGCAAACUGACGGACAAGAUGGACUUCUCGGAGAGAGUGUGGAACUUCCUUUACUACGCUUUGCAGGACACUGUGCAGCACCACAUUUUUUGGAAAGAACUUGAUAAAUAUUACUCCAAAGUCAAAGGAACACCCACCAGUGCCUGUGACACGAUGGGUAGAGCAGAUAUCUGGUUGAUGCGAACCUACUGGGAUUUUGAUUUCCCUCGUCCUUUCCUCCCUAACUUCAAAUUUGUUGGUGGAAUCCACUGCAGACCAGCUAAGCCUUUACCAGAGGAUAUGGAAGAGUUUGUGCAGAGCUCUGGAGAUGCUGGAAUUGUUGUCUUCACCUUGGGAUCCCUCAUCAAGAACAUUACUACAGAGAAGGGAGACAUGGUCGCCUCAGCCCUCGCUCAGAUCCCACAAAAGGUGCUUUGGAAAUACAGUGGCGAAAAACCAGCGACUCUUGGUGCCAACACCAGAAUAUACAACUGGAUCCCUCAGAAUGACCUGCUGGGUCACCCCAAGACCAGAGCUUUCAUCACCCAUGGUGGCACAAAUGGGAUUUAUGAAGCCAUCUACCACGGUGUUCCCAUGGUGGGCAUCCCCAUGUUCGGUGACCAGCCAGACAACAUGGUCCAUAUGAAAGCUAAAGGAGCUGCACUCUCUGUAGACCUAAACUUCAUGAAAACCGAGGACCUUAGAGAUGCUGUCAACACUGUCAUCAAUGAUAAAUCGUACAAGGAGAAGGCCGUGUGGUUGUCUAGUAUCUUCCACGACAGACCAAUGAGUCCUCGGGAUGAGGCUGUGUUCUGGAUCGAGUUCACCAUGAGGAACAAAGGAGCGGAGCACCUGAGGGUCCAGGCCCAUGAACUCACCUGGUACCAGUAUCACAGCCUGGAUGUCGUGGCCUUCCUCCUUGCCAUUGAUCUGUUCCUCAUACUCCUCUUCAUCAAGACUUGCAGUUUCUGCUUCCGGAGGUGCUGUGGCAGAAAGGGAAAGAUGAAGAGGAAGGCUGAGUAAAUGACCGAAUAAGAUGCAGCUGGUAAUGAACAGAUGGAUGAAAAAAACACCUGGUAGUUCAGUAGCUGUCUUUAGUCUAAAACAUGUUAUCUCAUCACUAUGCCCUGGAUUAUAAUGUAUUGCUUAGCACUGAUAAUACCCACAAUGCUGAAACAAGUAAUUACGUUUAAAAAAAGGUAUAGUUAUUUUGUAACAAAAUGCGUAUCUGGUAUUGAUUAAUUGUUCUUUGUUUCAAUAAACCAAAGUUAUAUUGUAUUUAUUAAAACCA